AGACUGUCAGAGUAAUUUGUUCUGUCUGUGGGUGGUAUGUGUGUUUCUCCUUACGAUUUUCUUGUUUUCGAUUCAUUUGCAAAGUUACGGUUUGUUCUGAAAAUAGAUAAGAAGGAUAUCUGAAACCUGAAAGCUUCUAGUUUUGCUCACAAGUGAAACAAAUUGCCAGGUGAAAACUGGUGAAAAUGGCAGAUGAAGAGGAUAAGCCACCUGCACCUCCUGUCAGACUGACUAGCAAUCGGAAUGAAGCUGUUCCUGUUGUUCCUGUUGACCUUAGACCUUUACCAAAGGAACCUGAGUCAGAAAAGAAGAAAACUUUAAAAGUUAAGGUCCCUCAGAGAAAGAACAAUGAUAGAUCAGAUAAGCCCAACAUUUCCUACCCAACAAAUUUUGAACACACCGUUCAUGUUGGUUUUGAUGCAAUCACUGGAGAAUUCACGGGAAUGCCACAAGCUUGGGCCCAAUUACUUCAAACAUCCAAUAUCAGCAAACAGGAACAAAAGAAAAAUCCUCAAGCUGUACUUGAUGUGCUCAAAUGGUACGACAUUUCUUCCCAAGUAGGAAAUGAAACCAAGUAUAUGGAAACGCAUACGCAGAAAAGCACGGUGGAUGGUUUGGGCCCUUAUUCAAGACCUACAUAUCAACAAACUGACAGUUCUUGUCCUAAAAUUUCCUUAGUGGUCAAUAGCCCAAGUCAUCAUAGCCAUUCGUCCUCACAACAUAGCUUGGCUACUCCCCUUCACCUUACAAGUUUUGGGCGACAAGGAUCCGGCUCAGGCUCGGUAUCUACUCCUGAAACAGAAUCGAGCCAAGCUACUGACACCAUCGGCAGUCUUGAGCGAGAUGACGAUAAAGGCAGUGAACAUCUCGCAGACCUUGCCAACAAUCAGGAAAAUGAACGAGACGGUGAGGACAAAGCGCCUCCUCCGCCAGUGGCUGUUCGUCCAGAACGAACGAAAUCGAUUUAUACGAAACCUAUCGAGGAACAUAAGGUGCCUAUUACCAACGGUGCCUAUGCGCUGGACGGUAAUAAAAAUGCUCCAACGCCGAAUGCGCGAAAGAAAAAAAUGUCAGACGAGGAGAUUCUAGAAAAAUUGAGACUAAUUGUGAGCGUUGGCGAUCCCAAUCGCAAAUAUACCAAAAUGGAGAAAAUUGGACAAGGAGCCUCGGGAACUGUAUACACAGCAAUAGAAACUUCAACGGGUCAAGAAGUAGCCAUCAAACAAAUGAAUCUGUCACAGCAACCUAAGAAGGAAUUGAUUAUUAAUGAAAUCUUGGUGAUGCGAGAGAAUAAACACCCUAACGUAGUUAAUUACCUCGACUCGUACCUUGUUGGAGACGAACUCUGGGUCGUAAUGGAAUAUCUUCCUGGGGGCUCCUUGACUGAUGUUGUAACCGAAACUUGCAUGGACGAAGGUCAAAUAGCCGCAGUGUGCCGGGAAGUUUUACAAGCCUUAGAAUUCCUUCACUACAACCACGUUAUCCACCGAGACAUCAAGUCGGAUAACAUUCUUCUCGGAUUAGAUGGAUCCGUCAAACUCACUGACUUUGGGUUCUGUGCCCAAAUCAGUCCUGAACAGUCCAAAAGAACCACGAUGGUCGGUACUCCUUAUUGGAUGGCACCCGAAGUAGUAACUCGUAAGCAGUACGGCCCUAAAGUUGAUUUGUGGUCGUUGGGUAUUAUGGCAAUAGAAAUGAUUGACGGUGAACCUCCGUACCUAAACGAAAAUCCUUUGAGAGCUCUUUACCUGAUUGCCACAAAUGGCAAACCCGACAUCAAAGACAAGGAUAAAUUGUCUGCCGUUUUUCAAGACUUUUUAGAUCGCUGUUUAGAAGUCGAUGUUGAUAAGCGAGCUUCUUCUUCCGAAAUGUUGAAGCAUCCAUUCUUGAAACUCGCCCGUCCGUUGGCCAGUCUUUACCCGCUAAUCGUAGCUGCCAAAGAAGCGGCCAAAGGGCAUUAAAUUUCCGCCCUCGGCCCUUUUGUGCUACGUGUAGUGUUUAGUGAUGUUCGUUACUUGAAUAAUGGUGAAAAUAAUAUUGUUCCGUUCUUCCUUACGAUUAAAAGAAAGCAAGAGGCAAACAGCUAACAAAGAACAACUGUACUUACGUGCUGCUAAUGCCCAUCGAAGAUUUCACAGAUGAAAAUGAUUUAUAUUGGACUUUGUUUCUGUUUUAUUGAAACGACGUUGAUUGAAGUGUAUUAACUUCUGGUCAAAAGAUAGGGAAAUUUUCAUUGUGGCCUACUGCUUUCAUAAUUUUUAAAAUCCACAAACGGCAUUUUAAAAUCCUUUCCCCGUCUCGUCGUCUCUGUUUUGCUGGAGCUUCAGAGUUCCGCACACAAUUCUCCCCCUAAGCGCGUGUGCGUGUUUGUUGACAUAACGAUUUUGGAAAACUUGGAAAUGCAAUCGCGCAUCUAUUGACAUUAUCACAUUCUUCAAGUUUUCCUUUUUAUGCAUUGUAACUUAAAUAAACAUUUAACCAUUCA